UUCCUUUCAUCCUUCUCUUCAGGGCCAAGAGACUUUGCCAAGCGAAGGGGAUCCAUCAAACUCUUGCAGUGUCCAUCAAGGACUUCUGGAAAACAGGUCCUGAUUCCCCUCUUCGCUGUGCACUGUGGAAUGGACUUUGAACCCACUGACUUCUUGAUACAAGGAUGAAGUGACUUUACAGCUAAAAACCAGGCUAGAAACCAGGCCUUGAAAUCUCCGAAAGGUAGGAGAGACUUCAGGCUGCAAUGGCUGAAAGAACUAUAUGCACUGACGCAACCUCAGGAAAACCCACGAUGGCUGCCAAGCGCAAAGGCGGCCUGAAGCUGAACGCAAUCUGUGCCAAGCUCAGCCGCCAGGUGGUCUUUGAUCACGGGGGAGCUGAGCAGGCGCAGGCGGACAAGGGUGCCCAACGCGAGAGCAGCAAAAAGGAAGCCCCCCAGCCUGGAACCAAGGAGGUGGAGGCUGAGUUCUCGGAUGGACUCAGCCGUGUGCGGAAGAUUGAGGAGGACAAGAGGAGGGAGGUGAUUGAGAAGUGGGUGAAUGGGGAGUACAGUGACGAACUUUUGCUGGGCCGAGUGGAGGGCAAGGAGGGUAAAGGCACUGAGAGUGUGGAGAUGCCCCCCGAAGGCGUCUACAUGGUCCAGCCUAAGGGCUGCAGUGAUGAGGAAGAUAACGGGGAUGAGGCAGAUGCGCUGCGGGGCUCCCAGGAUGGCAGCUUCCUAGACGACAGGGAUUCGGACGGGCCUGCCUCGAAGGAUGACAGUUACCGAUCCUCCAGCGGCGAGACGGGCUCCAAGUUGCCUGGAGGAGCUGCCUCAGGCGGGGAACUGAGAGGCAUGAGGUCCAGGAAGUGCAAAAAAGGGGAAGCUUCGUCGCUGCGCGAUUACGCCGCCACCACCAUGAACGAGUUCCUGGGCAUGUUUGGCUACGACGACCAGAACAUGCGGGAUGAGCUGGCCCGCAAGAUCAGCUUCGACAAGCUAAAUGCUGCUACCUCAGAGGCCACCUCGGCCGCCACCUCCCUGCCCAGCGAGGAUGCCAUGAGCAAGCGGGCCCGCUUCUCCAAGUACGAGGAGUAUAUCCGCAAGCUCAAGGCUGGCGAACAGCUCUCCUGGCCCAUCCAUCUGACCAGGCCUGAAGAGCUGAGCUCCAAGCUGGGCAAAGAGGCUUCCUCAGUGCUGGCCCAGCCCAUCCGGUUGCCAGGUCCAGAUGCCUCCCUGCUGACGGAGACCAAAGCCACCAUCCUGCCCUUGCCCUCUCCCAGCAGCUCCCAGAUGCAGGGCCUGAUGUCUCGGGCCUCCAAGUAUGACUUCUUCAUCCAGAAGCUGAAGACAGGCGAGAGCAUUAGGCCACAGAAUGGCAACACCUACAAGAAGGCCUCCAAGUAUGAUCUAGAGAAUGUCAAGUACUUGCACCUUUUCAAGCCUGGGGAAGGCAAUCCAGACAUGGGAGGGGCCAUAGCUUUCAAGACGGGCAAGGUGGGCCGGCCUUCCAAGUAUGACGUGAGGAACAUCCAGAAGCUCACUCCAGUCAAGCCUGCUGCACCCAGCUUGGCCCCCAAUCCCCUCACCAGUACCCCCAGCAGCGCUCCAGUGACUGGGCCUGAACAGUCUGUCUCUUUGCCAUUCAACACCCCUGAGUACCUGAAGUCAACCUUUUCCAAGACAGACUCCAUCACAACUGGAACGGUCUCUACAGUCAAGAACGGAUUACCCACUGACAAACCAGCUGUCAGCGAAGAUGUAAAUAUUUACCAGAAAUAUAUUGCCAGGUUCUCUGGCAGCCAGCACUGCGGACACAUACACUGUGCAUACCAAUAUCGAGAACAUUACCACUGCCUGGACCCGGAGUGCAACUAUCAGAGAUUCACUAGUAAACAGGAUGUGAUUCGACAUUACAACAUGCACAAGAAACGUGAUAACUCCCUCCAGCAUGGCUUCAUGCGCUUCAGCCCCUUGGAUGACUGCAGCGUGUACUACCAUGGCUGUCACCUGAAUGGGAAAAGCACACACUACCACUGCAUGCAGGUGGGUUGUAACAAAGUCUAUACCAGCACCUCCGAUGUGAUGACCCAUGAGAACUUCCACAAGAAAAACACGCAGCUGAUCAACGAUGGGUUCCAGCGGUUCCGAGCCACUGAGGACUGCGGCACUGUGGAAUGUCAGUUCUACGGCCAGAAAACCACUCAUUUCCACUGCAGGCGACCUGGAUGUACAUUCACCUUCAAGAACAAGUGUGACAUUGAGAAGCACAAGAGCUACCACAUCAAGGAUGACGCCUAUGCCAAGGAUGGGUUCAAGAAGUUCUACAAGUAUGAGGAGUGCAAAUAUGAGGGCUGCGUUUACAGUAAGGCCACCAACCACUUCCACUGCAUCCGGGCAGGCUGUGGCUUCACCUUCACUUCCACCAGCCAGAUGACCUCCCACAAGCGCAAGCAUGAGCGCAGGCACAUCCGCAGCUCAGGAGUGCUAGGCCUGCCCACUUCCCUCCUUGGAGCCAAGGAUAACGAGCAGGAGGAGUCCAGCAAUGAUGACCUCAUUGACUUCUCCGCCAUGAGCUCUAAAAACUCCAGCCUGAGUGCCUCCCCAACCAGUCAGCAGUCUUCCGUCUCCCUGAUCAUCCCAACUGCGCCCUCCUCAGCUGCAGAGCUUGUCUCCUCACAGGCCAGCAAGCCUACCAACAGCAUGCCACCAGCCACCAAGAUUUCUGGCCUGCUCUCCCAGGCCCUCCCUAGCAAUAUACCCCUGGCCCUGGCGCUCUCCAACUCGGCGCUUCCUGGAACAGCAGGCUCCUUCUUCCCCAUCAUCCCUAGCCGGGUCUCCACGCCACUUCCAGCCAGCUCAGCCAAUCUGAUGGCAGCUGGUUCCUCCAGCACCAAUCCAGCAUCCUCUGCUUCUGGCGAUUCUCCCUCCCAAGCCAUCUCAGGGUCCGGUGAGUCAGCAGCCACCUCAUCCCCAGCUCCAGCAGCGUCCAUUAUGGAGAGGAUCUCCGCCAGCAAAGGAUUGAUUUCACCCAUGAUGGCCAGGCUGGCAGCAGCAGCACUGAAACCAUCCAUGGCACUUGAAGCAGGGAAUGGGCAGCCAACAACUCCCAGCCGGUUCAAUCCAGUUCAAGUGAAGCAGGAGCCUGCCGAGAGCUUGGGAUCCUCCUCUGCAGCAACCCAGGAGUCCUUGCAAGAGCACAGCCUGGACCUGAGCGUGAAGGAUCACGGUAAUGAAUCAAAUGGCCACGCAGUCUCGGCAAAUUCAUCUCUUUUAUCCUCGCUUAUGAAUAAGGUGUCCCAGACCAAUGCCAACCUUGGCAACCUGAUGAACUUGAAGACAGAAGGAGAUGGCAACCAGGCAGGGGCUGGAGAGCCAACACCAUACUUGGGCAAGGCCGUGAAGGCACUUGUUCAAGAGAAACUCUCUGAGCCCUGGAAGAUGUACCUGCGCAGGUUUGGUACCAAGGAUUUCUGCGAUGCCCAGUGUGACUUUCUCCACAAGGUGCAUUUCCACUGCGUGGUGGAGGAAUGCGGUGCCCUCUUCAGUACUGUCGAUGGGGCCAUCAAACAUGCCAAUUUUCACUUCCGCACGGAAGGUGGAGCUGUGAAAAAUAAUUCCGAGUCUCCCUUCCCAACCGCUGCUGAGACCAAGACCUCCCUGGCCCCCUCGUCACCACCUGCGACUUCUGCCACCCUGGCAAGCGCUCCCACUCUGGACGGUGCCCUGAGCCCAGCGACGGUGCCCUCUGCCCCCACGCUGCUAGCUUGGAAGCAGCUGGCUUCCACCAUACCCCAGAUGCCUCAGAUCCCAGCGUCAGUGCCUAACCUGGCAACGUCACCCCUGGCAACAACUUCCCUAGAGCAUGCCAAGCCUCAGGUCAAACCCGGAUUCCUCCAGUUCCAAGAGAACGACCCCUGCCUGGCGACAGACUGCAAGUAUGCCAACAAGUUCCACUUCCACUGUCUCUUUGGGAACUGCAAGUACGUGUGCAAAACCUCCGGCAAAGCAGAGUCCCACUGCCUGGACCACAUCAACCCCAACAACAACCUGGUGAACGUGCGAGACCAGUUUGCUUACUACUCGCUGCAGUGUCUCUGUCCAAACCAGCACUGUGAAUUCAGGAUGCGAGGGCAUUACCACUGUCUUCGUCCUGGCUGCUACUUUGUGACCAACAUCACCACCAAGCUGCCCUGGCAUGUGAAGAAACAUGAGAAGGCAGAACGAAGGGCAGCCAAUGGCUUCAAGUACUUCACCAAGAGGGAAGAGUGUGGCAGGCUAGGUUGCAAGUAUAACCAGGUAAACAGUCAUUUCCACUGCAUUCGAGAGGGCUGCCAGUUCUCCUUCCUGCUCAAGCACCAAAUGACAUCUCACGCCAGGAAGCACAUGAGGAGGAUGCUGGGGAAAAACUUUGACCGAGUUCCCACUCAGGUUAUUGGCCACACUCCAAGAAAUGAAAAUCUCCCCCACGUUGGCAGCAUGGCACCCAGCCCAGCUUCAUCAGGGACCCCAGCUUCCUUCCAGGGACCCCAGAGCAUGAUGGACACAGAAACAGACGAGUAUAUGGAUUAUACCGGCUGUAGCCCUGGGGGGAUCUCCUCCGAGUCCUCCAACAUGGACCGCAGCUGCUCCAGCACUCCAGUGGGCAACGAGAGCACGUCGGCAGGCUGCCUGGUUCCUCCUACUACUACUGCUGCCGUUGCCGAUGAUGCUACCCACAAUGCACAACAACCUCCACCACCUCUUCCUCCAUCUUUCUCACAAGCCCUGCUCAGGUCUCCCCUCCCCACCCUCCCCUAUCUCUUCUCUCCAUCUUGUCUAUCAUACUCUCUGCUCAGUGCCACCCUCGGAUCCAGCAGGGGCAUUGUCAUGCCUGCCGCCAGCACGCCUGGGUUCUCGCCCAUCAUUGCCACUCCAACUCCAGUAAAAAGUGAUGUUCCCCUAGUUCAGGAUGCAGCAGGGAACACCAUCACCAUGCCAACUGCCUCCGGGGCCAAAAAGCGCUUCUGGAUCAUUGAGGACAUGUCUCCCUUUGGCAAGCGCCGCAAGACAGCAUCCUCACGCAAGAUGCUGGAUGAGGGGAUGAUGCUGGAGGGCUUCCGGCGCUACGACCUCUAUGAGGACUGCAAAGAUUCCAGCUGCCAGUUCUCCCUCAAGGUCACCCACUACCACUGCACCCGGGAGAACUGUGGCUACAAGUUCUGUGGCCGCACCCACAUGUACAAGCACGCUCAGCACCACGACCGCGUUGACAACCUGGUGCUGGAUGACUUCAAGCGCUUCAAGUCCUCGCUGAGCUGCAACUUCCCUGACUGCCAGUUCUCUGGCAACAGCACGCACUUCCACUGCCUGCGCUGCGGCUUCCGCUGCACCGACAGCACCAAGGUGACAGCCCACCGCAAGCACCACGGCAAGCAGGACGUCAUCAGUGCCGCCGGCUUCUGCCAGUUCAGCUCGAGCGUGGACUGCGAAGUGCCCGACUGCAAGUACAAACUCAAGUGCUCCCACUUUCACUGCACCUACCCCGGCUGCAAGCACACGGUGGUGGGCAUGUCACAGAUGGACUCGCAUAAGCGCAAACACGAGAAGCAGGAGCGAGGGGAGCUGCCCGCCAUCUCCCCUGGCCCCGAGGGUCUCCCCCACUCCACUGGGCUGGAGUACGACAUCCAGAACUCUUCCGUCAACCUGGACAGCUCCCUCAACCUGGGCACGGAUGCCAGCAGCUCCCUCUUCUUCCUGCAGAACGCGGCCGGCGUGGGCCUCAGCGACUCCCUGGACCUCAGCAAGAAGCAGUCAGAAGCGGCUGGGGGCCCUUCCCCCAGCCGAGCAGGGGCAGCUCCCCAGGAGGGCGGGACAGUGGCAUCCAACUCUGGCGACGCAGAAGACGAUGACGACUCCUCCCAAGAAGACGAGGAGGACGAUGAGGAGAUGAACGAGGAGGAUGAUGAAGAGGAUGAUGACGAUGAUGACGAUGACGAAGACGACGAUGAGGAAGACCUGAAUACGGAUUCCGAGGAGUCGCUUCCUGACCCUGAGGGCCUGGCUGCUAAAGAGGACAGGGAACCAGAGGAGGCCUCUUCUUCCAUAGACCACGGCAAUGCUUCCAGGCCACUGGGAGAGCCAGCCACAGCCCCGGUCCCCACUUCAGCUCCAACCCCUGCCCCUGCUCUGGCUGCUGCCUCAGCCCUCACCCUUGCUCCAGCUCCAGGCCCCACCCUUUCCCCAGCAGCUUCUCCUUAACCUUAGAGACAGCAGCAGCAGCGGUUUGGUUUUGCUCUUACACAGAAUUGUUAAGAGGACCCCUUAGGAGGCAAGAACAAAGCACUGGGAUGGCAAGCAACAAAACGCCCCAUGCCACACGCACGAGAGGGAGGGGGGAGGGGACUCGGAGCAGCGGAGGGAACCUGCGCUCCCAGGCCCCGCAAGAGGGACAGGGCCAAUGCCACGUUGCUUCCUCCUGCAGAUGACAGGCGCCGGGAUGGGCCACAGUGCAGCAAAACCCUCCGAGACAGACGCUACCCCCCAAGAGUGCUGGCUGUGGUCCCCGGCCCCUGCGUGGCAUGUGGGACCUGCGUGCCCAGGCGGGGCUCCCCCCUCCCCCCCGGUUUCUUUCGGGAUGUUAUUUUUCCAUGGUUUUAGUUGUACAAUAUUACUAACA